AUGGCCUCGGUACCGGAGAUCAAUGUUUUUAAUGAAGCGAAUGCCAAGCCAAAGAGGUUAAAGCAACAUAUUUCAGCGAUCAUCAUAUCGUUUAGCGGGCUGGCACUUGGAGUUACGAUAGGAUGGAAUUCCAGUGCAGGUGAUACAUUGAGGAAUGUUUUAAAUGCCACAACCACUGAGAUAGGGAUUGUGGGUGGUGUUGUAAAUGCCGGUAGAUUUUUAUGUGGACUUGCAGGCGGUACUUGUUGCGUUGUAUCGCCUAUUUUUAUAUCCGAAAUAUCAGACAAAAAUACCCGAGUGCGACUGCUGGUUUAUUUUCAACUCUUGAUAAACUUGGGAAUAUUUUAUGCCUUUUUAGUCGCGUACUUUUACGACAAACAAGACAAUAUUUGGCGUUACAGUUUGAUUUGUGCCGUCAGCUGUGCCCCCAUUAUUUGGAUUACAUUUUUACCCGAAAGCCCGCUCUAUUAUUUAUCAAUAGAUGACGAGCACUCGGCCGCUAAAUCGAUCAAGUGGUAUCGCGGUGAUGGGUUCAAUCACGAGCUCGAUCAAUUCAAAAAAAUUAUCAAAGCCGAGGCGCCCAAAUGCAAGGUGUUAAAAAAUCACCGAGUAAUCCAGGCAAUAAUCGUGUGUCACGGCGUGAUAAUAAUCCAACAAUUAAGCGGCAUAAAUACGCUCACAUUCAACGCCACUGUGAUAUUCAACAAUGGCGGCUCCGGAGAAUUAACAGGAUCCGAGCAGACUUUAGUAAUCGGAGGGCUACAGAUAAUAUCAACCAUUUUGUGCAUGCUGACGAUCGAUUAUUUGGGCCGGAGAAUACUUCUGGCCGUGUCUGGAAUGUUAAUGGGCGCAUUCAUGGUACUAUUUGGUUGGUAUAUAAACGUCCGAGAUGAAGAUCCCCAAUAUUACGAGGAAAUUUAUGGCUGGAUACCACCAACAUGUUUGGGAAUUUAUUUCAGUGCAUUCAAUCUCGGUUUAGGUCCAAUAUCAUGGUCCAUUUUGGGCGAUACAUUUCCCAACGAGAUCAAGACCUACGGCGCCUCAAGUGCCGCUUUUCUCAGCUGGUCCAUAUCACUGAUAGCCACAUUGACCUUCGGGGAACUUGCUCAGUCACUCGGGGUUUCAAAGACGAUGUGGCUAUUCGGUGGUUUCUCCUGUCUCGGAGCGAUAUUCUGCGGUGCUUUUGUACGUGAAACCAGAGGCGCGAGUUUGACCGAUAUCCAGGACAACUUUCAAAUUGAUCCGAUCCCACUCGACAGUAAUUUCCAACCGUAA